AUGGAAGCUUCUGGAAGAAGAGUUUUACGAUUCCAUCGAAAUCUCGAUAUGUUCAACAAAGAGGAAACGGACGGUCCAAUAUAUACGAUGAGGGCCAUUUUCCCGGCGGUCAGCUGUUUCUUCUCCUACGUCAAUGCAUGGAUGAUACUCUGUCUGAAUGACGAUAUAAGACGGAAAGUGCUAUCACUCAUCGGGUUCCGUAACAGAAAAAUACCAAGUUCUUCGGCUAUGUCGAUGUCGACUUCGGUGAAGACCAUCGCCAUCGCUACACUAUCGCGGAAAACAUGA